AUGGAAAGAAAUAGGGCCCGCAGCCUGAAACGAAAGCCAAGUCAAAUCGAACGUCGGAACGACAAAAGCCAGGACCGUUCCAAGCGCAAUUCCUCCAUCUCUUCUUUUAUGAUUCAGCCUUUGAAAUACAUGGCUGGUGAAUCACCACUCUCGCUACAGAGGGAGGCGUCUUCUUUCUCUACGCUUGAAGCUGGCGUGGGUUUCACUGCUGAAUGGCAUGAUGAUGGUAUAUCUGAUUUGUUUGAUAACUUCAAGGAUAUUAUUGAUUUUAAUUAG